GAAGGAAGAAAAUGGGGGUUCCAACCUCCUUGAAGAAGAGAAGGGAGUGGAUUUUAUAGAUAAAUUCGUAUAUAUGGAGUAUAUACGAACAGUUACAAUUCCAGUCAAUACAGCUACAGUAGCGCACAUGGAAAUGCAGCUGGUUGUCUUGCCGUGUCACCCGUGUUCGAAGCUUCCCACCGUUCACUGUUUUGUCAUUUUUCUCUCUGGAUCAAUGGCCGACUUUCAGUUAAGAACAUUAACCCUGUUCGCCAGUGAUAUGCCGAAUAAUCAG